AUGUAUCAGUAUCUAUCUAUCUAUCUAUCUAUCUAUCUAUCUAUCUAUCUAUCUAUCUAUCUAUGCGUCUCAAUAUUUUCAUAUCUACCUCGAUCUGUUUUAUAUUAUCUAUGUAUCUAUCGCCAUCUGUUCAUAACUAUGAAUCUGUCGCGAUCUGUUCAUAUCUAUCUAUCUAUCUAUCUAUCUAUCUAUCUAUCUAUCUAUCUAUCUAAAUAUUUACAUAUCUCCAUCUGCUCGUAUAUAUCUAUCUCAGUGGGGCUAUUAUUUUUGCUCUCUUCGUUCUUUCUCUACUUGGUUGAUUCUGUUCUUUCAUCUUUCUUCCUUACUUUCUUUCUUUCUUUCUUUCUUUCUUUCUUUCUUUCUUUCUUUUCGUUUUGCUCUUUUUUGUUCGGUUGCUUUCUUCGUUUUGGCUCUUUCUUUCUUUCUUUUAUUUUGUUCUGUUUUUAUUCUUUAACUUCUUCGUUCUUUCUUUCUUUCUUUCUUUCUUUCUUUCUGUUGUUUGUUUGUUCCUUUCGUUAUUUAUUCUGUUUUUAUUCUUUCUUUCUUUCUUUCUUUCUUUUCUUUCUUUCUUUUCUUUCUUUCAUUUCUUUUCUUUUCUUUUCUUUUGUUCUGUCGUUUGUUUCUUUCUUUUCUUUUCUUCUUUCCCUUCUUCGUUCGUUCGUUCCUUUUUCUUUCUGUUUUACUUCCUUUCUUUUUUUGCUUGAUUUUUCUUUCUUUCUUUCUUUCUUUCUUUCUUUCUUUUCGUUUUGCUCUUUUUUGUUCGGUUGCUUUCUUUGUUUUGGCUCUUUCUUUCUUAUUCUUUCUUUCUUUUAUUUUGUUCUGUGUUUAUUCGUUCUUUCUUUCUUUCUUUCUAUCUUUCUUUCUGUUGUUUGUUUCUUCCUUUCGUUAUUUAUUCUGUUUUUAUUCUUUUUUUCUUUCUUUCUUUCUUUCUUUCUUAUGUGCUGGUGGUGUAAUGGAUCAACCUUCUUUAUGAAAAUGUCUCCGUAA